AUGGCAUUACCUUUGGAACUUGACAUCUUGGGACAGCACCCUAUGCUGAGAUUGAUGUACACAAAUCUAAGCUAUAUCUUCUGCCUGGAUGAGAGUCUAAAUAACUCUGCUACGGAACCUGUCAUCCAGGCCCUCACCAAGGGCCUACAGUGUUUUUCUAAAUACUUUCCAUGGACAGCUGGACAAGUUGCUGGCAUGAGGGCUGGGGAAGGCGGCUCCGAAGCUCCCAAAAUCAUACCUUUCGAGGAGAUACCUCCAUUCCAGACAGUCCACAGGCCAGACCUUUCGAUUCACGCUUUCAGAGAGGCGAAUUGGUCGAUGCGGAUGCUCGAUCCGGACGUGUUUGCACCGCGCCUGAUUCCUCUCGGCCAGGCUCCCAACCCGUCUGAUCCGGCGCCAGUAUUCCUCCUACGGAUGACGUUCAUCACAGGCGCCGUCGUACUUACAUUUGCGGCAAAUCAUAGCGCCAUGGAUAUGACGGGACAGACUACGAUGAUACGACUACUGAGCAAGGCAUGCCAUGGUAUCGCAUUCACGGAAGAAGAGCUGCGCCUGGGAAAUAGGAAAAUGGAAACCGACCUUGGUUUAUUGGGGAACAAAGAUGAUCAGGAACUCAAAGCUGAGAUAGCCUGUCAACUCAGCAGGCAGAUAGAUCAUCUGACAGCUGAUCCAGCAACAUCGAAGCCAACACCUACGGAUGAUAGUCCUCGUGAGCCGGCGAAGAUUACUUGGGCAUAUUUCCAAGCGGUUCCGUCGUCUCUAGCGAACCUCAAAGUGAAAACGACCGAAUCAGUCCCGGUUUCCCGUUUCGUGUCGACAGACGACGCGCUUACUGCAUUGAUCUGGCAAGCAAUCUCUCGUGCACGCUUCUCUCAUCUCGACAUUUCCAAGAGGUUGUUAUUGGCAAGAGCAGUGGAUGUGAGGAAGGCGAUGGGCGUUGCAGCAAUGUAUCCUGGCAUGAUGCAGAACAUGGCAUUCAAUAACAUGACUGUCGAGGAGGUCUUAGACAUGCCUCUUGGCGCAAUUGCGACUCGAUUGCGAGAUAAAUUGGGUACUUGCAACCUUGGACAUGCGAUGCGAGUGAUAAUGACGUUGAUGACCCACCACCCGCACGAGUCGCCCAUUUUGAGGUAUCUCAAGCCAUCUCACGAUGUCAUGAUUACUUCUUGGGCGAAGAUGGACUGUUAUGGCGAUACCUUCAAUCUGGGGAGAAGGAUGGGUAAACUUGAUGCCGAAGUCGGAAGAAAGGGGGAUAUCGUUUGGAGUUUGUUUGAAGGAGGCAGAGAUGAACUUAUUGAGGGCUGA